UAUAUAAGGGCAACAGCUGGUCUUGUGCACCAGAGAGCCGCUGCAGCUUCACACACUCCGAGCAGAAGCAGAGGCAGAUGAAGAAGUGGAGGAGGCGGAAGAAUGUGAGGACGUAUGGCUCUUUCCUGCGCGUUUGAAUCAUUUUUUGUAGGAGCAAUAAUGUGCUUAAGAGGAGCUAAUAGGGCGCAAGGACGUUUCGGGACGCGUUUUGGACGCUGCUGAACUUCUGCUUUGCACUACUUUUCAGGGUAAAGAGACAGAAGAUUAUUUUGAACACUGGAAUGUGCCUGACUCGUGCUGCUAUUGUGGUGCUGAAGGGACAGCGACGUCAACUGGCUCGCUUCAAGGAGCUGACCGGUUCUGAAGGACCUGACACAGGAGAGGAAUUUUAACAGUAACAGAAACUGGGACCUUUUCUUUUUCAAAUUUUUUUUAAACAUAUUUAACACUUUUGGAAUGCCCAUAACUCAGUUUUCCGGGAGAAGAAACUUUUUAAACAAAUUUUCAUAAAGUGUGAAUUGGUAGGCGUGCGUGUGUGUGUGCGUGCGUGUGUGUCUGCCAUCAUGCCUCGCUCUUUCUUGGUUAAGAAAGUCAAGCUGGAUGACAUUUCAGCCGCCGACCUGGAGAGCUCCUACUGUCACGGUCGACGUGGGGAAUUGAGCCUGCGAUUCCAUCAUCAUAAAGGUUACCAGCGGGAUUAUCUGAGUCCGUCCCCGUAUGACGACCCGGUGCGCAGCGACAGGCCCGCCAUCUCCAAAGCUCCAAAUUCCCCACCCCGCCCGUCCAUCAUCUACAGCCGCAUUGACGGCGGCUACGUGGGCGGCCUCCACGGCGACAUCAACGGAGACUCGGACCAGCCGGACAGCCCCCGCUCGGAGGUGUCGUCGGCGGCCAGCGGCUACAUCAAUGGGGAAACGGCCAUCGGCGAGGCCUACUCCGUGGACGCCUUCUUCAUCGUGGACGGCCGUUCGAGACGGAAGGCGGCCGGGACGGCGGACGCAGACGGCGCGGGCAGGCCUGGAGCCCAGAGGCACUCGUGCGGCGAGUGCGGCAAGACAUACGCGACGUCUUCCAACUUAAGUCGCCACAAGCAGACGCACCGUAGCAUGGACAGCAAGAUGGCCAAGAAGUGCCCGACGUGCGGCAAGGUGUACGUGUCCAUGCCCGCCAUGGCCAUGCACCUGCUGACGCACGACCUCAAGCACAAGUGCGACGUGUGCGGCAAGGCCUUCAGCCGCCCGUGGCUGCUGCAGGGUCACAUGCGCUCACACACGGGCGAGAAGCCCUUCGGCUGCGCGCACUGCGGCAAGGCCUUCGCCGACCGCUCCAACCUGCGCGCGCACAUGCAGACGCACUCGGCGUUCAAGCACUACAAGUGCAAGCGCUGCGACAAGACCUUUGCGCUCAAGAGCUACCUGAACAAGCACUAUGAGUCGGCGUGCUUCAAGGGGGCCUUCUCGCCCAUUGGGUCGAUCGGAGAGUGACCCCCGAACGUUUUCGCCACCCAGAUGCUUCCAGGCGUGAACUCGUCUUCCAUCCAUGCUCGGUCCCACUUGACACUGGUUUCUGCGAGGGCUCAGAUUGCGCCCUGUAUGGUUCGGUCAGGAGGUUACCGUAAGGCGGGGGUGGGCCAGACGUUUGGGCUUCGGUGGGGACUUACCUGACCUAAUUCACCUCUUAAUACCACCACUAUCACAUUGCAGUUAGAAAAUCCAUCACUAUAUUUGACAAAAACACAAUACAACAGCAAGCCACUCUGCCACAGAGAUCAUGUGGAGUAGUUCAGAAUCAAUAUUUAUCCAAUAACAUGGGAAAAAAAAGGAAAGAAUACAUUAUAAUCAGCUGAGAGGGUGACUAUUAAAUAAAGUGUGCAGAUGGCCUCAGAUGUCAAUCAAGUCAAACUUGGCUUGUUCUGAAGUCAUCGAGAGACAGCGCUCUAACCUUGUGGUUACGAAUUUGAAAUACGAUUGCUUCAAGAAACAGUCCCAUUGCCAAUGUACUUUAAGGAGCAUCAACCAGCACGACUGAUUCUGAAGGCUGUCAAGCAGAUGAAAUUGACAUCGCAACACAGAAAGUGAAAUCUGAUUGGACAAGCAAUAAACAGUGCAGACCAUGUGAUAAAGCGAAUAGACUUUUGAGAAUAAAUGAAAAUAAUUUCUUGGAACAAAUAUUAGAAUAUAGGUUUCAAAUUUAGGACAGUGCUUCUGAUAGGAUUUAGGCCAUGCUGACAUUAACCCUCCACCAUUGUAUUGUUCGACAAAAUAUAUCUGGUACCUUGCGUGGUAGAAAUAAACACUGGAAAUAAUCCACAAAGUUGGAAAAAAAAAAUACACUUGGUCACGCACGGCUACAUGAUUUUAUAAUCAGUGCCAGGCAUUCAUGACACAUCUUGACCAACAGAAAUCAAUAUAAUGACUAGAAAUAGCACACGGAGUUAAAAAAUAAAAAAAUCUAUGGCACGCCUUCAGGCACAGGUACGUGCAAAAGGUACAUGCCAUUGCUCCUCUCGACAGCCAGUCAAGCAUGAUAAUCGGUCACCGUGCACAAGAAACACAACAACUCCAAAUAAUCCACCAAGUCUUCUCAGUCCCACUCGGUCAAAUGUGCAGUGUACAUUGAUGAUAACCGUCAGCAUGCUCAAUAGAAGUAAACAGAAUCAGGACUCGAAAUAAUCCACACGGUAAAAAAUAAUAAUAAUAACAAUAAUUAAAUUGGCACCUCACACUCCAUGCGCAAUGUACAAGUCAUAAGAUUAUGACAAUUGCCAGAACACACAAUAGAAAUAAACAAUAGCACUACAAAUAAUCCACAAAGUUAAAAAAAAAAAAAAAAAAAAAAGACUAAACCGCAACACUAACACCCAUCUUGAACAAUAGUAACAACAAAACAACUGGAUCAUCCGCCCAGUCAAAAAUAGCCCACUGAGAAGCUGCAAAGGCAGAUAAACAUAGCACGGCACAUCAAGCUCAUCAUAACCCAUUAGCGUAAUAGCACAAGCAAGCACAACAGUAUCGCAAGCGAGUCCGUCUGUCUUCUUGUUGGAUCCAAGCAUAAGCAAGCAAAGCGGACAGGUAACAAAAAACAAAAACAAAACAAACGAAAAAAAAAAACACCAGGGUAUUUAUUUAUUUAUUUAUUGGCUGUUUCAAGGAGAUGUUGCCAAAUUGUGGCUUGAGACCCAAAAUGGGCCCAUUUUUUUCAUUAAUUUGAAAAUUCACCUCAUCUGUUGGUUUUUAACAUUGGUUUCUACCCAGUACAUGGUAAUACUACGGCAAUACGUUCAAUAUUGAACUGAUUAAAAGAUUGUCUUCGGUGCCAAUGUUAGUGGAGACGUUCAAAAUGUCAAGGGCUAACAUUCAAGGGAACUGGUGUGUUAAAAAAAA